GCACCUCCCGUGCCCCUGUCUCUGUCUGCUGUCUCCAAAACACGGCAUGGCAGCCCAGCACAUCUCAUCUGCUUUUUACCUGUCCCCGGAGACUGCUACACCUAAAAUGUGACCACUUCUGGUUUGUAACUUAUGCCUAAAGGACCUACUCCUGUUUUCUUUCCUGGAGGAACAAAGGUAAUACAACAAGUCUCUGAGUCAAAGCAUAUAUUGAUUAGUCUCAUCAAUAUUCAACAUCCACUUAGACUUGGAUUCUAAGUCCACUCUUUACUUGCCUUGCUCCUCCUCCUGUAAACUAUAACUAAUCUUGGGAAGCUGGAAAGACACAGGCAGGAGCCAGCCAGCUGCAUGUGCUCCACUCACUACAGGACCUGGAUUAAGAGGAGGACUCUGACACCAGAAAAUGACAGAUCAGAUCACCGGGACCUUGGUUUUCACUGUCCUCACUGCCGUGCUGGGUUCCUUCCAGUUUGGAUAUGACCUUGGUGUGAUCAAUGCCCCUCAACAGGUAAUAAUAGCCCAUUAUAGAUAUGUUUUGGAUAUGCCACUGGACGACCGAAAAGCUAUCAACAAUGAUGCUAUUGACAGUACAGAGGGACUGCCUACCACUCCAUACUUCCUAACUUCAACACCAACCCCCUGGGCUGAAGAAGAGCCUGUGACAUCUUCUGGCCUCAUCACCAUGUUCUGGUCCCUGUCUGUGUCCAGCUUUGCAGUUGGUGGAAUGAUCGCAUCAUUCUUCGGAGGGUGGCUAGGGGACCAGCUUGGAAGAAUCAAAGCCAUGUUGGUAGCAAACAUUCUUUCACUAACAGGAGCGCUCUUGAUGGGGUUUUCGAAACUGGGACCUUCUCACAUCCUUAUCAUUUCAGGAAGAGGUAUAUCAGGACUGUACUGCGGGCUAAUCUCAGGCUUGGUUCCAAUGUACAUUGGUGAGAUUGCACCAACCACACUCAGGGGUGCUAUUGGCGCUCUUCACCAGCUGGCCAUUGUCACGGGCAUUCUUGUUAGUCAGAUCAUUGGCCUCGACUUCAUCCUGGGCAAUCACGAGCUGUGGCACAUUCUGCUUGGUCUGUCUGCCGUGCCAGCUGUCCUGCAGUCUCUGAUGCUCUUCUUCUGUCCAGAAAGCCCCAGAUACCUUUACAUCAAGUUGGAUGAGGAAAGCAAAGCAAAACAAAGCUUGAAAAGACUCAGAGGCAGUGCUGAUGUCACCAAAGAUAUCACUGAGAUGAGAAAAGAAAGGGAAGAAGCCUUAAGUGAACAGAAAGUCUCCAUGAUUCAGCUCUUCACCAAUUCCAGCUACCGACAGCCCAUUCUGGUGGCACUGAUGCUGCACAUGGCUCAGCAGUUUUCUGGAAUCAACGGGAUCUUUUACUACUCAACCAGCAUUUUUCAGACAGCCGGAAUCAGCCAGCCAGUUUAUGCAACCAUUGGCGUUGGUGCCAUCAACACAGUUUUCACUGUUCUCUCUGUAUUCCUCGUGGAGAAGGCAGGGCGACGCUCUCUGUUUCUAAUUGGAAUGAGUGGGAUGUUUGUCUGCACCAUCUUCAUGUCCGUGGGGCUUGUGCUGCUGGAUAAAUUCACUUGGAUGAGUUAUGUGGCCAUGGUCGCCAUCUUCCUCUUUGUCAGUUUCUUUGAAAUCGGGCCAGGCCCCAUCCCCUGGUUCAUGGUGGCUGAAUUCUUCAGUCAGGGACCACGCCCUGCGGCUCUAGCCAUAGCUGCCUUCAGCAACUGGACCUGCAAUUUCAUUGUAGCUCUGUGUUUCCCCUACAUUGCGGACUUCUGUGGGCCUUAUGUGUUUUUCCUCUUCGCGGGAGUGGUCUUGGGCUUUACUCUGUUUACAUUUUUCAAAGUUCCAGAGACCAAAGGAAAGUCCUUUGAGGAAAUCGCGGCAGAAUUCCGAAAGAAGAGUGGUUCAGCCAAAACACCAAAAGCAGCCACAGAAAUGAAAUUCCUUGGAGCUACAGAGACUGAGUAAAGAAAAAUAACCUGCUUGCUGACAUGAACAGAAGAAGGAAGAAAGCUCUGUGAUUUUAAAUGUGUUCUUUGAGAAUUUUAUGUCUAUAUCUUAAAGUAUUGUUUUAUUUUUUUAAAGGAGCUUGUAUGGGCUCUGAUCAGAAAUGUCAUCAAAUAUUACCAAAGAAAGUACUUUUUUUAAAAGUUACAAAAUCUAUUUUUGAUAGUAGAAAUCUGUAAUUAAGUAAACCUUAAAGUCUAGCUCAUUUCAUCACACUGAAGGGCAAGGUCAUUCUAAAAUGUUACCAGUUCUCUUCUUUAUAACAAGGUUUUACUGAAAUUGAAGCUGUUUUUAUGUAUCAUAUUACAUAGAAACCUGACUAGAAACCUGAAGCUACAGCUAUUAAUAUUUACAUAUAUGAAUCUAGGUUGGAAUUUUCUUACCCACAGACCUCAUACUAAAGGAGAUACAGCUAGUGGCAGUUAAAGUUCAUGGUAAAAUUGAUAACUUUUCCAUUUCUCUCACUCAGUGUUUUCUUAUGCAUUGGAAUUUGCAUUUUGAUUAAAUUUUUAUUUUUUUCUAUAUUUUCAUGUGGAAGCUUUUAGUGAGUAUAUUAAAAUGUGUUUGUAAAGAAAGCCUUUUGUUUUUGGCAGGCUUACCAAGAUCUUUCCAUAUUUGGAAAAAACAAGCAAAUAACAUUUUAGUUGAUGACCAAAGAGGUUUUCUUAGAUUAAACAGUAAAAAAAGUUUUAUAGUUAAUAGAAACAUCUAUUAUAAGCCCUUGUUAAGCCCUGGCUGGUGUGGCUCAGUGGAUUGAGGGCUGGACUGUGAACUAAAGGACUGCUGGUUCUAUUCCCAGUCAAUGCACAUGUCUGGGUUGCGGGCCAAGACCCCAGUAGGGGGUGUGCAAGAGGCAACCACACGUUGAUUUUUUUCUCUUCUCUCUCCUUCCCUUCCCCUCUCUCUAAAAAUAAAUAAAUAAAAUCUUAAAAAGAAAUAAACCCCCAUUAAACUAACUCCUUGUUGGUUCUAUCCUAUGGGAUAUGUUUUAUUUUGCUUUUUAAUUAAGCACAGCCUGGUUUUCUGAGCUGUGUUAUAAAAUAUGCUCAGUGCUAAGCAAAGCAUAUUAUACAUCUCUUCAAACCCCAAUAAAUUUAAGCAGUCUAACUUAAGGAAUCUCAAGUAAAAAAAUGCUGUUUGUUAAAAAAUAUAUACAUUUUCUGAAUCAUUAUGGUUCUAAAUAGGUUGAAAAGGUAGGGUUGGAGAAUUCCUGAGGGUGGGCUCCUGAAACUUCAUGAAUUUCAGACUUGAUCAAAAUCCCUGUUUAAUUUUCCUAGGAAGACUGAGUUCCCUAACACAAAGCAAUCGUCCCCUUUGAUGUUUCCAUCUUUGCUUCAGCUGUGAAUGGAUGCUAUCUAGUGGUCCUGUUGCAAUUGCUAACAUUUACUGUGUAAUCCCACUGUGCCAGGCACUGGUCUAAGUGCUUUUACAUGUGUAGGCAAAUUGAAAAUACACAGAUGAUUAAAUAGACUUUUGCUCACAGUCAAUUUCGCAACUAUGGAAAUAUAGUUCUGAUGGCUACCAAAGGCUGAGCCCCUGCUGAAGCAUCUUCAGGUUGUUUUUCUCACCAAAUGGAGCACAUUCAAAUCAAUCCUUUUUAUGUUUGCUGCAAUGUGCAUAAAAACACUCAACAUUUGCUUGUGUGCUGUUGCUGCUUACCUUUAUGUAACUUGGUAGUCCAAAUAACGAAAUUUGUUCUUUUCAUUUGGACUGACUUUUACUUCCUUUGGACCAAUUUUGGAUCAACUCUGUUCACUUAGGACUUCAAGACAGAGUGAACGUCAAUAGUUUGUGCUAAACUGUGAACUCUUGAUGGAUUGGAUGGGGGGCAUGUAGGGACUCUGAAUAGCGGAGCAGGCAAAUGGCUCUUGUGUGCCCCUUGUCUCCUGGAUGCUGAUGGCCUUUGACAAGCCCAGAGUUGCAAUGAUAAAGAAAUUUAACAUUUUUAGAAUGAAUGUGAUUUAAUCAAAUCACUACUCCUCAUCUCAUUAGCUAAGAGAAUAAGGUAGUAAAGGUUUAAUAAAGAGCCCAAAAGACACUUUUAAGUUCUAAUUAUUUUGAUAGAACCACAAAUACCAGAAAUGUAGACCCUGAAAUUUGUUUUUCCUUCAUAAUUUUUUUGCAGAGACACAAAUGAGGUGCAAAGAAGCACGAAAGUGAAAUUAGAAGCUGUAAACCCUUUAUGUUAGGACAAAAGAACUAGCUAAACAAUAAAAACUCCUAGAUCUUCAAUGGUGUACAGCACAAUAAAUAAUAAAAUUGUCACUAAUUAAUUAGAUUUAAUCCCAGGGAAAUUAGAUGUGAGUUUGAACACAUUUUUUUUAUAGUACUCUAUCAUUUUUGUGGAAGUGGUUCCCUACUCCAAUGAUCUUAUAGAUAUGAUGUUUCUCUUUGCUUGUUCGAAGCAUGACUAUACUUCUUGCUCUAGUUGCCUGUCUGCUGCAUCUAGCUGGUGCCCACUACCAUGGCAUCAAGGCAAGGGUCUUCUCUGCUGAGACGCAGGAAGAGAACGCCUCCCCCUCAAGGAGCUCACAGUCUAAUAAGGAGUUCGGGAAGACCAGGAUAUAAAUGUUUUUGUCUGUGUCUUUUGUUUUCCAUGAACUUCAAGCUAGCGGCUUCUCUUAUAAAGUGGGUCCAAUAAUGUUACCUACCUCUGAGAGUUGUUGUGAGGAUUAAAUGUAAAGUGCUAACCAGAGUGUCUGGUAUCCAAUGUGUGACCUAGAAUUAGUAUUGACAAAGAUACUGUUAGGACACAGGACUAUCAUAUCUAUACGCUAGUGCCAAAUUCAUAAUUCAAAAUAAUACUCUCGCACACUUCAAGCAACAAUUUCACAAAGGCAGGGGAAAGUGAAAACCAGGGGAGAUAUUUGCUAUCUAAUUCCUAAACCCAUACUUGAUAUUUCUAAGUAGGUUAUAAGAGUUUUUACUGUAUUUUUAAAAUUUGCUUUUACCUAAGUUGUUAUUUUUAAGAGGUCUAUAUGUAAUAUUAUUUAUUCAAAUAAUACAAAGUAAAAGAUAAAAUGCUGUAUAUUGUAAUUAAAUUGUAAUAUAAUGUAAUAUUAUGCAAUUAAAUUGUAAUUAAAUGUAAUAAAAUUACAUUUAUUAAAUGUAAUUUUAAAAGACUAUCACCAUUGGACAACCAAACCUUCUUGAAAACCCUCAAAAACUGCAAAGUGUGUAAACCAAUGUACAUGCAUAAGCUACUUCUUAUUGGUAGCUUAUUGUUGGAUAUGCAGCAAAUAAAACAAUGUUAGGCAAUAGCUUGUGCUUAUGGUGUCUUAAGCAGAGUGCUGAGUAAAAGUGUAAAAAUAUAAUUUUUCAUAACAAUUCUAUAUCAAUGACCUGAGAAGAAAAGUUUUAUUGCAAACUACUUUGAGACAUUUGCUGAUGUGUUUACUCUCUUCUAAUUUGGUGCAUAUUAGAAAGAGCCAUGAUGAAAAGAAACUGGUUUUAGUUAAGAAUAUAUAUAUACAUACAUAUAUAUAUAAUAGUCUUAUGUUAAUAAAUGUAUUUCCAAAUG